CUUUGCUAUCGGGGUGUGGUAUUUUGGACGGUGACUUGAAUUGCAGUGAACAUCAGUAUGGAGAAUAUUUGCUGGUUUUUAGUAAUUCCUCUCCUUUCAGAAUUGGUGUCUGGACAAUUGAAGGUUGUAACAGUUCCAUCCUUAGAAGGUUAUUCUGAUGAAGAAAUCAAUCUGCCUUGUGAUGCCAGUCUUAACAGGAAUGACAUUAAUCUGAUGUGGAUAACAUGGAUUCAGAAUGCUAAGAAGGUUUACGAAUAUGAUGGAUCCAGUGCAAACGUAUUGUAGAAAUACCAGGAUACGAUGUUGAUCUUGACCAAGUACAGAAAGGGAAUAUAACCUUGAAAAUGAAUACUUUAACACCUGGAAUAUAUACAUUUAAAUGUGAAGUAACAGAAGGCUCAUCUGAAGGCAGAGGAGAAACUACACUAACAGUAAGGCCACCUCCAAAAUUGAUUGUUACUGCAGAAAAAAAUGUCACUGUCACAAAACUCCCAUAUGACCUGACUUGCAGUAUAUCUAACCUGAGGUGGAACAAGGUGGAAACAAUGACACUUACUUGGAAAGAAAAUGGAAAGGAUCUGUUUUUCUUUGAUGGAUCCAAAAGUAAUAGUCAGUCAGAGAGAUAUCGCUGUGACAAGGCUAAUCCAUCACAUUGCUUACUUAGAUUGAAUGAGAAGAAAUCAAAUGGUGAUUAUACCUGCAUUGUAACUGAAGGAAAAGCUGAAGGAAGCGCAACUAUAAAAGUGAAAUUUGAAGUUCCGAUUCCUCUGACAACACUGGCCUCUUUGUUGCCAUUGGACUUGUUGUUACUGCUGCUGCUGCUGCUACUGCUGGUGGUGUGUUUUACAAAAUAUGUAAGUAAACUGUUCAUUAUCAAGAGAUCAGUGUUAUAAAAUAUUUAGGAAAAGUCUUUUGUCUUUUUUUGUUCUGUAGGUUUUUCUCUACCAUCAAUGUUGGCCCAUA